ACCCUCUCCGCACAUCAAAUCGCAUUCAAGGAUCAGUCUCAAGCCCAUAAGCGGAUGACAAGGUCUUGCAUAGUCUCUAGUAAUCGUGACUCGGCUCCUAAGAGGGCCAUCGUUCCAUGUAAUGGCGCCUUUCGACUUGGAUGCCUGCAUCGAUAAAGUGCGCGACAAGCAACUUCUGGGAGAGGCUCUUAUACGUGAAAUAUGCGAGAAGACGAAAGAGGUCCUAAUGAGGGAGAGCAACGUCAUUCACAUUGCAUCUCCUGUCACGGUAGUGGGAGAUAUUCAUGGACAAUUUCAUGAUCUGGUCGAGAUCUUCAGAAUUGGCGGCUCAGCUCCCAAUACCAAUUACCUAUUCCUAGGAGACUAUGUGGAUCGAGGACUUCACUCUGUGGAGACGAUAUCGCUCCUAACCUGUCUAAAGCUGCGCUACCCUGAACGGAUUCAGCUUAUUCGAGGCAAUCACGAGUCCAGAGCAGUCACUCAGACUUAUGGCUUCUAUCUUGAGUGCACCCGCAAAUACGGAUCGCCUGCAGUCUGGCAAGCGUUUACGGACAUGUUCGACUAUCUCACACUCAGCGUUGUUGUCGACGACGCAAUCUUCUGUGUGCACGGCGGGCUGAGCCCAUCAAUACAUCAUAUCGAUCAAGUCAAGAUCAUCGAUCGGUUCCGUGAAAUUCCUCAUGAAGGUCCGAUGGCGGACCUCGUCUGGUCGGAUCCCGAUCCAGAGAAGGAGGAUUUCGCUAUCAGCCCAAGAGGAGCCGGUUACACCUUUGGCGCUUCGAUUGUUAAGAAGUUUUUAAAUUUGAACGGCAUGAACCACGUCCUGCGGGCUCAUCAGCUGUGUAUGGAAGGAUACUCGAUCCUGUACGACGACCAAUUGAGCACUGUGUGGAGCGCGCCAAAUUAUUGCUACAGGUGCGGUAAUAUGGCUAGUAUACUAGAAGUCUCCCCUGGGGGCAAGAGAUACUUCAAUGUGUUCGAGGCUGCUCCAGAGAACGAACGCGAUGGACCGAAUCAACAGCAGCCAGCUAAGGCUAUAGAAUACUUCUUGUAAAACACGGGACAAUAAUAAUAGAAUUUGCAAUGUUGUACUAAAAUGCUCAUGUAUCGUGGCCAUCGGCG